AUGAGUCAGCCGGCCGCCGGGGAUCGAAUGGAGUCGGCCGUUCCAGACGAAGUCACCGCAACUCCCUCACCACCUCCCCGCAAUCCCCUCGAAGACGAAGACUCUACCCUCACCCGAAAACGACGCCGCCUAGACAGCGCUCCCGCAGAGCAGCUGGUCGAGAUGACCAUUCGCUCUCAACCGCCUUCGUCCCCGCAGCCCUUGUCGAAAGAGUCCGACGCGCCCGCCAACGAGCAUCCCGGUGACAGCGACACGGCUGCCCCGCAGGGCGAUGGCGCGGACAGUCCCGCCGUCAUCCCUAUAGAUGAUGAUGAUGAUUGCGACUCGUCAGAUACGUUGGGUGACUACCAACGCGGGGACGACUUGUUGUUCCGCCGGUUCCCCUUUGCAAGCACUUUCGGAGAUGAUUGUCAGGCUGCCCUCGCUCAGAUGAUCAAUCAUAUCCAAGCCGCGGACGAGAUUGACCCCAAACUCCUACCUCAGCUUAGUGAUUGGCUGAGCCAGUUGCCUAGCUGGGCACUCCGCCCAGCAGCAUAUCAGACCCGAACCAUAUUCUGGGCAGACUUUGAUGUCUUCGUUGGCAAGGUUCUCAGCAGAAAACAACCUUACGGAAGAUUCUGUCGCGAUGCCCUGGAUGCACAAGAAAUCGUCUACUCCUUUCUCAAGUGUUAUGUCAUCUUAUGUGCGCGAAUUCUACGAGCCGAGGCGGAUAUGCUCUCCCAGGCAAUAGGUGAUGGCGAUCCCGAGCCAAAUCUGAUAGGCUACAAGUAUAUUCGCCAUCUUCAGAUGCUCUUUCGCCCGGAAGGGGUGAACUUGUUUACUAUUCUCGGCAGAGACUAUGGAGCCGACAUCCCCGACCUCGUCAACCGUCUCUGGACAGACUUUCUCGAGUCGCCAACUAAUGGGCUGCAACACCUACUGGCAGAUGUUGCUGUGAUCGGCCAGAAGGCCUCAUCACCUGGCAGAAAUUCCACCAUUUACAAUGCCACACCCCUCUGGUCUUAUGCCGGGCGGUUUCUGCAUGAGAUUCCGGGCGCCGAGGGCGUGUUGGAUCGAAACGAAUUUUGUCGGGCGGCUGUACGCUAUUUCUGGAUUUGCGACAAUCUUCUUCAAGAUCCUUCCAACGUCACAGAUGUCGCGCCCAUCAGAGAUAUCAUUUCGGGUCUAUCAGAGCUCCUGGCAGAUGCAUGCCAAUGGGAUCGAGCAGUGGCCCUCGAUUUCGUGAAGGCGUUGCUGCCGUCAGAAUGGAACAAUCAAGGAGAGUCCAGCUCAGGGAGUUCGGCAAUCGAGUCGCUUGCGCUAGCUAACAGUCAUGGCGCACGCUCCCGUCCAGCACUUGUAUGCAACGCUUGGAGAUUCAAGCUGCUGAAGAGAUAUCUCGUCAAGGGUAAGAUGGAACUGAGGGUCAUGAGCAUAUCAGCAAUGGACCAAAUUUUGGUUCAUAUGUGGAAGGCCUACAACCAGUCGGAGGAGGGAAUGCAACAUCCAGUACUGCAGUACUUGGCGCAAUUCCUCCUCGACGAACAAAUAAUCGACUACAUCAUCAGUGUGGAAUCGCACCCCCAGCUUAUUUGCCGCAGCGGUAAUAUAGUCGGUUUCCUCGUGGUCUCUCAUCGCUUCUCGGAGGAGCAGGCGGAUGCCAUAUGGCGGUCGCUGUCGAACAGUCAGGACCCACGGGUAGUAUCGGCGAUCCUGGCAAUGCUUCGACAAAUCACAAAUUUGAUGAGGGUUCAAGAUCUGCUGUAUCUCUCCAAUAAGCUCUAUAACCACCCGGUUGAGAGCUAUACUAUCGAGAUGCUGAGAUUCAACGUCGACAUCUACGAGCGACUCAGGCAUAAUAUCUCGAGCUGGCCCGUCAUCCACGAGCACGCGCGGCCCUGGGAUGUGGCGAUUCGGAUGAUUCAGGAAACCGGCCCCAGCAGGGAUUCAACUAAGCAGAAACUGGAGCUACACCGUGAAGCUUGUGAGCAACUGGAACAUAUGUCUGCCAGUAUCUCUGAACGCCAUCCGAUCUACGAUGCCUGCGCAAAGCAUAUCGCUGAAAAAUCACCCAAAGCAACGGGUAGCAUCCGCGCCAUAAACAUAAUCUGGAAGCAUCACUCUUAUACGGAUAGUUCCUUCUUCCGCAGCCGCUCCGAUAUCGUCACUUGGAUUCUGAAUGAGCUAUGUUCUUUCAUCGAGGCUGAAGCCAGGCAGGAGAUCUAUCAGCUGUAUCCGCAUGCACUGGAAAUACGACUUGAUAUGCUCCGUUCGCUGGUUUCGCAGGUUCCGGAAGCGAUUCCCAGGGAGCUGUACAUCCAGAUAUGGGAUCACACCGUUGGCAGGUUUGCUUUUGACAACCGCUCGCGCGAUCGUGCAUGGCAAAAGUUCACUGAUUGCUCAAGAAGCGGGACUAGAAGCCGGUUUUGCAAGGAGCUCAUUAUGUCCUAUAUUCCAGGCUUGGAUCCACAGUAUUACACACAUGGCAUGUUUGAUUUCGUGGCUUGCUUUAGGUUUCCUUCAUGGACGGAAAGCCCCUCGGAGAGUAACGAGGAUCCUCUUCAGAUACCCGGGGCUGACCUCUUGUGGCAAUUGAUGAUGAAGGCUCCUCCGGGCACCAUCGAAGACAAGGUAGCAGAUCUGUUGGCUGCUCGCUACGUUAAAGUCAGCAUCUACGAAAACCUGACUGUGGACAAUCUGGAAGCUGCCCACGUCGCAUUGGCAGGGAAAUGUGCGAACGAGCUCCUAAAGGCACACCGGAUUUUGCGCAGUGGCGGGCUCGAAAGACCGACGGAUGCUAUGGAUGUUGGCCUGUCAGAAGAUGCACGGAAGCAAACGGAGUUACGUUUGAGCAGGACGGUAUUGCUACAGAAGAUUCUCCUGAAGAAUAUCAGGGAGAGGUCCGCAUUUCGUCAUAGUCAGGCUUUAGAAUCUGACGACGAGCCGAUGGAGACCGAAGAUGUCGUUGGAGAACCAAUCGAAAUAACGUAUAAUGCCACCAACUCCACCUCGCGGAGGGAAAAGCUGUUGAUGGGAAUAGCAAAUACAGUUCAAGAGCUAGAACAUCGUCUGUGCCGCGCGACCGGAUUCACCAAGGUGAACAUUUUCUCCUCUGGGCGAAAGAUCAAUUCGCUGGAGCAGCUUCAGGCCAAGCUCGCCGAGACCACGCUCACGUCCAAUGCACAUAUACUCGUGCAGAAGGCUGCCGGAAGCGCCUCUCUUAAACCUCACGCCUAUGAGAGAUCCGGAACCUCCGCCUUCGAGGCUGCUGUGCUGGCUCAUUUCGAGGAGCUAUUCGCUUGCAUGGACUCAGACGACCAUGUUAGCCAAGCGAUCUUCGAUCUCCUUAUGAGCUUUCCGUAUCGCGAUCGCUUCGCAGAUGACAUCAUGUACAACGGAGCUCCGGCAGAUUCUAUAUUCCCCCCAGGGAAGAUUUUCCAGGCGGAAUAUGCAGCUCAUGCGCUCCUUUGUAGGUUCAGGGAGCGCCUUCGUAAGGGCGCAAUUGAAGACCCGGCCCUAUUGAACUGUGUUCGCAUUUUGGAUGGAGCCAUCCUCAACCCUCGCCUGAUGCAUGCAUCCUUCAGCGGUAAAAACGAGCUGCAUCUCGCGGAGGUGCUCGUCCGCUGUCUACUCGAACUUUUGAAAGAACGACCACCGCAAGAGAUCUCAUCGCAAUACUUCUCGGACCCAUGCAAGCUUGUCGAUCGCCUAAUUACAUUGAUACAUGUCGCCAUGGAAAGCUCGUCGGAACUUCCUUCCAUUGCCUGGACGUCUUAUGCCACCAUCCUUGAAGCCUCCUUGCACUCAAACGUUGUCUGGACCGAAUUUGUAUCAAGGAGUAAUAUCUCGCCGCUGCAUCAGCUCCUCCUUCUCACUGAUAAACGACAACCUCUUCGGGAGCAAGUCGCGCAAUCCAUCGCGUCGGUCUGCGGAGGCGACCUCCCCAGUACCUCAGCAUUAACGAAAAAGGAGAUAGUCGAGCGCUUCUGGUCCAUUAUCUCCUCCGUUCUUCCUGCAGCAGUUGAAUACACUGCUCAAUCUCCCCAGCUCUUCACCCUCGCGGAGCUGGUGUUCCGUGCCUAUGAUGAAACAAGCAGAAAUGAGGCCUCGUUGAAAUCUUGCCUCCAAUCUUGGGGCGCAUUAUUAUCAGAAUACCGCCACGAAGAAUUCGUCGGGCGCGAUGAAGUGGACCACGUUGUUUUGGGUUUCACGAAACUACUUCUGUGUUGCGUUUCUUCGAUCAAGUCGUUCAAGAAGUCGCUCAACGCUAUUCCGCUCGCUAAGCGGCUCUACGAAAGGUUCUUAUUUGUGCCCCGACUUGCCGAGAUUCCCGACGGUGAUACACAAAGUCCCGUUCUUCCUGUCCUUGAAAGUGGCACGCGAAUGGAGCUCUACAGCCUGAUCCUUGCUUUGAUCGACGACCGUGUUAGCUACGACGCCCUGUUGGACCUUGCCGAGGAUGUCGCUGCCUCUACGUACCUCGCUCAAAGACCCUACGGCUUUGAUCGUACGAACGAGAUCCGGUCUCCCACAGGGUACGUGGGGCUACUCAACCCGAGGGCCAUCUGUUACAUGAAUUCACUCCUCACGCAACUGUUCAUGAAUGUCAAUUUUCGAAAGUUCGUGCUAGGGCUCCGUGUGUCCGACUUUACUCCAUCGUUGCGCCUGUUGAGUGAAACUCAGCGACUCUUCGCCGAGAUGCAGAAUAGCUAUCGCAAGUCGGCGGAUCCCCGAGCGUUUGCCUCGUGUCUGAAGGACAUUGAAGGUUUACCCAUCGACAUCGCGGUACAAAUGGAUGCCGAUGAGUUUUACAAUCUGCUAUUCGACCAGUGGGAGGCUCAAAUGUUGUCACCCCAGACAAAACGGCAGUUCAGGUCUUUCUAUGGAGGGCAAACAAUGAAUCAGAUCAAAUCCAAGGAAUGCAACCACGUCUCGGAGCGAGUUGAAAGCUUCUUCGUUGUACAAUGCGACGUUCAGGGCAAGGCAAGCCUUCUGGAUAGCCUCCAAGCUUUUGUGGAAGGCGAUGUGAUGGAAGGCGAUAAUAAAUACAAGUGUGAGAGUUGCGGAGGCAAGUUUGUGGACGCUGUCAAACGCACGUGUCUGAAGGACGUUCCAGACAAUUUGAUCUUCCAUCUAAAGCGGUUCGACUACGACCUGGUGGAAAUGACAAGAACGAAGGUCAAUGAUUACUUUCACUUUCCAAUGGUUCUCGAUGUCAGCCCUUACAAAGUCGAAUAUCUGGGUGACCCGUCGAAACCUCGAAAAGAGGACAUCUUCGAGCUGUCAGGGGUUCUUGUCCACUAUGGGACGGCCGACAACGGCCAUUACUUUUCCUAUAUCCGCGAACGGCCAUGCCCGUCCGGAGGAACGUCGAAUUGGUUCGAAUUCAACGACCGCGAUGUCGGCCGGUUCGAGCCCGCCGAUAUCCCUAAACAAGCAUUUGGAGGCUUCUUCGAGGAUGCUCCGCAGAUGCAGAAGCCUUAUAGCGCAUAUAUGCUCUUCUAUCAGCGGAAAACGGCCAUUGAGAAGGACCAGCAGGAUUACAGCAUCGAUGCGACCGGGGGCCCUAUCAAGGUCUCCGUACCUCUUGCCUUCAAGGAAGCCAUCGACAAGGACAACCAGGAUUUCAUACGCGAAUACUGCUUGCACGAUCCAGGCCACACCAGCUUCGUCAGACAGAUGCUGACGAAGCUUCGGAGUGUGAAUGAAGGGGCGUGUUCGGAAGACCACGUGCAGGAGAGUCAAACCCUGCAUAUGGCCCUCGAACAUCUCUACCAGAUCCUCCCCCGGCAGCGAAAUUGCGAAUCCUUCGAGGAGCUCUUGUCUCAGCUUCGCAGGAUCGUCCUCUCGUGUGCUAAUUGCUCUGCGAUCGCCUUGGAACGUUUGUCGAGAAACAGACAUGCUCUUUCCAACCUGCUCUUGCAGUGUCCCUACCAAAAGGUGCGUGCGCAGAGUCGUGCACUCCUGGUCGAUUGCCUACAAUUUUUGCGGGAAAAGGAUCCGUCCGCAUAUUUCGGCACCGAUGGCAGUGACAGCGACGAAGACGUCAUGUCUACGACUCCUUCGCAAGGCGUUCUCUUCGAUAUGGCUGAACGACUUUGUGUUCUCUCUGCAGAGACGUAUGAAAGCCCUCGGGGCUGGGAGGACGUUUAUCAUGUCCUCUGCGAGUUGUCUGGCAUGGGAAGCGUCGAGAGCGCGCUUCUUCUGAGACAAGGCCUUCUCGGUUUCUGUCUGAGAACUUUGGGCUUGCACGCUUCCCCCACGACGCGCAGUUCACAUGAAUACGUUUGCACUUUGAUGGAAAAGAGGAGACACAUACUCACCAAACUCAUCGAGUUUGUGAGUGUACUCCUAUCGCACUUGGACAUUCGCCUCCCCCCUCUGCCAGCAUCCGCCCAACACGACGACAGGUUUCUGUACCAGAAUCGUGCGCUGCACAAGUUUCCCCUGACUGUCACUGAGAAAAGCCUACUCUUAACCUGGGAUCAGGAGAAUUCAGUGUAUGCUGUCUUGGAUAAGAUCAUCGAAGUUUUUGACUCCUCCAGAUCAGAAGUCGAUUGUCCGGGUAGAAUUCUCGAGUGGAUGCUCCAAUCCGAGGAGCACAGGAUCAGGCAGGCGGUUUUCUUCACUAUGAGCGAAGGCAUCACUCUCACGGUUCCCUAUUCGGAUCCCUAUGUCAAAGCAGCUGUAGCUUUUUGUGAGGCCUGCCCGAACCUGCAAAACGUGCACGACAUCAUCGGAACUAUAGCCACGAAUGCCGCGACAUUGAAGGAUGCUGGAGGUGAAGCUCACAUCUACUUCCUCAGCGCCCUUCCGACAAUGCGAAACAUGCACGCACCGGACCAGGGUCACCCUUCUUUCUACCACACGGCGCUCUUAAAGUGCCGCAUCUAUUCAAUCCCGCUUUUACUCUACGAGGACGAGGAAGUACGCGCAGCCACCGCAACUCAUGUCUACCACCUGACUACUUACGGCCCAGAGGAAGGUCUGCUCUCUGGCACGAUCCUCAAUGUUUACUACACGACUCUACGGCGAAUGGCUCUCGAUAUGAUUGUUAAGCUCAGGUCUGAGCACAGGAGAGGAACCAGCCGAGCGUACGCGGAUUCGCUCCUGCAGGCGUGCCGAGCUGUCGUCCAGCAGUUUGGUACUCUGCUCGGCAGCAACGACCCACAUAUACUCAAUCUCAGGGUUCCAGCGGACGAUGACGUUAUGAACAUAGCUCAGGAACUGGAGGAGCUUUCCAGAGCCUGGUCAGAUGACCUCACCCCGUUCUCUACCGGUGGUGAGUUGAACUUCCGCAGGAGUGCCAGCCCAAUCGAGAUCACGCUGGCUGACUUGGAGUCAGAGCAGUCAGACUUUGGGAGUGAAUCGGAUGAUGCUGUUGAGGCUAUUGGAAGCUAG